AGGAAAGAGAAGAAAACAGAAAUACAAAGUUCCUCUUCAGCCCCAUGACACAUCAAAUUCUUCUAACAGGACUUCAGGGGGGGUUGGCUUCUUCACCCUCAUCCAGAGAAGGAAACCUAGAAGUGUCCUCUAGAGCUUUCUACCAAAGCCGUUCAAAGGAGGAAGCAAGAGACAAGCAAAGAAAGAGAAGAAGUGUAGAAAAAUUUUGAGGCAUGAAUCGAGGUGGCUUGCAGAGUGCUGUGGUGCAACAAAUGAUCAUGGCCGGAAACCCUAACUGGUGGAACAUUAAUAGCAUGCGCCCACCACCUCAACAACCCUCUCCUCUCAUCCCUUCUUCAUCCUUCUUCCCCCAGUUCACACCACCGUCUUCCUCACUCCCCUCUUGGCAUGAUAACCAAGAGCUUCCAGAGUCAUGGAGCCAACUACUUCUGGGUGGAUUGGUGGGAGAAGAAGAUAGGGUUGGUUUGAAUAAUCAAUUUCAAUCUAAGAAGUUAGACAAUUGGGAGGACCAAGUUUUGUAUCCUUCACCAAGUGUUGCUGCCGUUGAUGUGAAGCAAGAAGCUUCUGAAAAUGGAUAUCCACAUGCUCAUGCAAAUGAAGAAUUGAAGGCAGUGAGGCGUCCUUGGUCUCAAAUUAUGUUAGCUUCCCCUCCUAGAUCUUGUGUUACCAGUUACAGCAGUAAUAUGUUGGAUUUUUCCAACAAUAAGGGAGAUGGAAAACAUCAACAACCAGAUCAAUCGCCUGAGUGUAACAGCACAGCCACUGGUGGGGCAUUCAAGAAGGCUAGGGUUCAACCCUCUUCAAGCCAAACUACCUUCAAGGUAAGGAAGGAGAAGCUAGGUGACAGAAUAACAGCACUCCACCAGCUAGUCUCUCCAUUUGGAAAGACUGACACAGCUUCUGUCUUGCUAGAAGCCAUUGGAUACAUCAGAUUCCUUCAGAGUCAAAUUGAGGCUCUCAGUACCCCAUACUUGGGUAGUGGAUCAGGAAACAUGAGGCAACAGCAAUCUGUUCAAGGAGAAAGGAAUUGUAUAUUUCCUGAAGACCCUGGCCAGUUGCUGAAUGAUCCGUGCAUGAAAAGAAGAGGAGUUCCUGAACAGGAUGGUGAAAGUGAACCCAAGAAGGACUUGAGGAGUAGAGGGUUGUGCCUUGUUCCUGUGUCUUGCACUUUACAUGUAGGGAAUGACAAUGGGGCUGAUUACUGGGCUCCAGCGCUCGGCGGUGGAUUCCGAUAGGUAGUGUUUGUUGUGUUAGUUUGCAGCAGCACCCCUUGAGCUUCAUCAAAAGAUAUAACAUCAUGAGCAGUCACUCUGCUAAAAACACAAGGCUGAUUGCUCAUGAUGCUAUGCAUUUCUAGAUGGAAAAAAAAAAAAAUAGGUGUGCUAGCUACCUAUCAUUUGGCUCUCAAGAUAAGUCCCUCUAAUCAAGAAUUUAAGAUAAGGGUUGUUUGUUUUCCUCCUUAAUCGUACAGUAUCUUUCUGUAUAUUCAAUUCUAGCAGUAUGGUUAACCAUCUUAAAUGUCAUUCUUCUUCUGCUUUUAA